AAACAGGAAGUGUUAUCCGCACUGUUUGUUGAAUUAGUAUAAAGCGCAGACGAAAACAUUAAACUUUUACGUUUCACAGUCGAGGACGUUCAAAAGCGAUGGAUUCAGUUCUUCUGCACGGAGAAGCCGAAGGUUAUGUGCAGAGUCUGGAGAAGAUGGCAUUGCGCGACAUCGGAAGCCAACGGUGGUUUCGCCAGCAUGAGUACAUCGAGAAGCUGAAUAUGCAAGCUAUUCUGAAUGCCAGUGCCAAUCAGGAGGAAUUCAUAAAAGACUUCUUUGUUUCUCUUGGAAAGAUACCCACACUGGUGCAUGCAAUGAUACUCACAGAAGUCUGGAAACAUAAAGUGUUUCCCAUAAUUUGCAAACUCCAGGACUUUAAUCCAAAGAGCACAUUUCUUCUCUACAUGGUGAUUCACCAUGAAGCUACCAUCAUAAACCUGCUGGAAACAAUCAUGUACCACAAGGAGUCCAGCGAGGCUGCUGGUGAUAGUGUGCUUGAUUUACUGGAUUACUGUCAUCGCAAACUCACACUCCUGGCAGGACGCUCUGUUUCUGGACAGAUCCUGACGGAGGACCGAGUUACACACACACAGCAGUCAGACACAACAUCUUUACAGGAUCUGCAAAGACAAAGUGACAUGUUAGAGUUUGAAAUCUCCGUCAAGGCUCUGUCAGUAUUGUGCUCCAUCACCGAUCACAUUGAGAGUUUGAGUGUGAGUGUGCUCUCGAGGAUGCUGUGCACUCAUAAUAUGCCCUGUGUGCUGGUACAAUUGGUGGAAAAUUGCCCCUGGAACAGAGGAACACUGGAGAAAUACACCGAGGGGAAGUGGAGAACCGUCCUGCCUGAAGAUCAGCUAAAGCUGAGUAAACACGACGGCCAGGUGUGGAUGGCUUUACUGAACCUGCUCCUCAAACCAGACUGCCAGAGGAAAUACGAUUUCAAUAGCUUUAACAAAACACAGCUCUUAAAGCUUCGAGGGUUUCUGACAGACGUUGUUAUAGAUCAGCUACCGAAUCUACUUGAUCUCAGGCAUUUUCUCAGUCAACUCGCUGUCACAGAUCCAGCGGCCCCUAAAAAAGAUCUCAUCUUGGAGCAGGUGCCAGAGAUAUGGAAUGAUAUUGUAACGGAGAAUAGCAGCAAGUGGAAAGCCAUUGCUAAACACCAAGUGACACAUGUUUUCAACCCCUCUGAAAGUGAAUUAAGAGAGCAAGCUAGCAGGUUGGCUCAAACAUAUAAUCUAGAUGUGAUGGAGAAUCUAAUCCCAGACAAACCCAAGUGUGGAGCAUGUGGAAGAGUGGGCGCUAAACGCUGCUCCCGCUGUCAGGGAGAGUGGUAUUGCAACAGAGAGUGUCAGGUGAAACACUGGCCCAAACACAAGCCUGCAUGCAAACUCAUGGCAGAGGCCAUAGAAAAACCUCAGGAGGAACUGAACAUCAGCAGCUGAAGUACAUCUGGGAGAGAGUCAUGCUGCGGGGAUCUGAGUCCACUAUCAACUGUCCAAUUUAGUGGACACUGAUGGAAAAAGACAAAAAGAUGCAACAGUUCCUAACCGUUUCUUUCUUGAGCUGUUGUCUUGGUAUAUUGAGUAGAUCAUUCUUGUUCAUAUAUGUUUAUAAACAUGAUUACAUAUGACAUCAUUUAUUUAUAUUUUAACAUGAUUAAUAACCGUUACACUAUAAUGUUUAAAUUAAAAAUGCAAUUAUAACUGCUAAAAAACAUUUGAGGUGCAAUCCCUUAGAUUUUCACUGAUUAAACUACAUCGCAUCUGUUGUUAAUUACUUCCUUUAAUUUAGAAAGCAAAAAGAUGAAAUUUUUAAUGAUAUCGUUUCAAAUGUUUUUCAUGCAAUUACAAAAAAGGAUGACUGGAGCGUUUAAGUUUUAGAAUAAAAAAAAAAAACGAAUUUGACUAAAUAUGUAAAAAGCCUCAUUUGGCCUAACUUGAUAUAACAAAACUAAACACAUACAUAUAACAAAUUGAAAAUAUAAAAAUAAAUUAAAACUAAAAUUUAAAACUAUUAUAAUAUUCCAAUGAUACUAAAAUAAAACUGUUAAGCUUAGAAAGGGUGCAAACGUGAAAUAAAUGUAAUUAUGUUUACCUUUAACAAAAAACACAAACCAUUUUGAGCUGAUGGUUUAAUUGUAAUGUUCACACAGAAUCCAUGUUCCAGUGGAUUUGCGGUGUAAAAAAAAAAGUCCAAAACACUUGUUACGAGUGUUUUGAAUGUCAUAACAUGGGUGAAAACACAACCUGGAAAUCUGUACUGCUUCACUGCCAAAGAACACAUGUAAAAUCACUGAGCAGACCGUGAGACAGACGUCUGGAUUUGUGGAUAUCAAUAACAGAUUUGGAACAUAACCUCAUCUUAACCUAAGAAACCUUUGGUUUGUACAAUAGAGAACUUAGUGGAAUUGUAUUGCCACUGUAUACUGUACUGAAACCUGUAUUUAAACAAAUUACAGUACAUUACACACGGGACAUAUUCAACUAUUUGCAGUUUCUUGUAUGGAUGUAAACACAAAAUCAAAUACAUAA